AUGUUUACAUAUGCAGUGGUGGAACAGCGCCCCCACACAGAAUUCCCACUCGCUGCGAUUGACAUUUCGUCUCUUCACAAUCCCACAAACAACAAUAGAAACAACAACCCAGCGUCCAGCGUCAAGACGCGUUAAGAGACCAAGAGAACUGAAAAACUCCGUUGGUCCCUGAGAUUCACUAGGCAUCUCCUACUUCCCAUCUCGCAUCGCUCCAUCUCCCCACUCGCCAGACGUCAAAACAGCUUUUCUUUCCUCUACAUCGUUUCUUCAGCCUCCUUACUUGUAUCCAUUCUACUACCAAUCUCCAUCCCACGCCCCACGCGCAACGCUCUUUCGUUUUGUCAGAUACCCUCGCCCACACUCGCCGUCUCCAAAGUACCCUCCGUGCCCCUUCGCAAUCAGUUCCUCGGACCCUUCAGUUGGGCCUUGCGUGUUAUCUGCCUGUUUAUUCAACCCGGCAGUCGUAAAUCACACCCAGUCUAUAUCCAAUCUUCAAAAACUUGCCAAAAACUCUUCCCCCCGUCCUUCUCUCCAACAGCGUUAUCAUGCUCCCUGUUCCUCCCUCUGUACACCGCCUGGUCAUCCUCUUCCUCGUCGCCGUCCCUCUGCUCUCCAUCAUCCUCCCCGUGACAGCUGCGGCCGCUGGCGUAGAUGCUCCCUCCAAACUCCAGCCCCGCGCUCCUCAACCUUCGCGUCGUAUGGGCGCCACCAAGCGAUCCAAAAAAAUCGAGCCCUUGAAGAAGAAGGACUACUCGUCAUUUCUUUGCCCAGGGGGCUCUGUGGCUUGCCCCAUCCCAGGCGAUGAAGUUUCUCCAUCGAGUGUCGAGGCCUUGGAGAAGAGCCUCAAUUCCCUCGCCGACUGGUUCAAGGUUGGCUUCGAGUGUGUGGAGCUUGAAACAGAAUUGAACUCUUGCGGCGGUUGCUUAGCACUUGGUUCUGGCCAAGAUUGCGCUCUUAUCGAAAACGCUCGUACAACCGGCUGCGAGAGUGGCUCAUGCCAAGUAUACUCAUGCUUCGAUGGCUAUGUCGUCUCGCCUGACAGGACAUCUUGCGUCAAGAAGGGAUCUACCAUUCCAGCUACGCCCGUUACCGCCGUCAACGUCGAAGAGCUUGUCGCCGACGAUCAGCUCCCUUUAGGGCAAUAAUUUUUAGAAUCGAGGUGUCUUUAUAGAAGCCACCUUUUACUUGUAGCAACAAACCUUUCUCCUAUUAUGGACUAUUCCUCUUUAUUUUUUAUUUCCUUUGGUUUUGUUAGACAAAUAUUUGUAUUUUAUAAUUGGAUAUCCCAGUCGCUAAAAUACCAUUGCGCUUGAUGGAGACCCAGGUAGUAAAUAUCUUUACCAAAUGUUGAGGGGGCAAGCAGGAUACAUAGAAUUUAUUAAUUGUCGGAUACCA